AUGGCCCUCAGCCCCCCGCGAGGACUGCCCGCGCGCUCGCAAGAGCGCGUUUUGAAUCACUUCACGACGAUCGCCUCGGAGUUGCACCCCCGCUGGCUUGUCAAAGGCAUCGUGGCGGCGGGGGUGGGCUUUGCCCCCGCCCUCGACGCCGUCUCCGUGCAUCGCUGGUUUUCCCUUUUCACCACGCGGGAGCGAAUCCGCCGCGUCGGGCUGGCGGAUUGCGCCGCUCUACUGCAUUUUCUCGCCCAACCCAGCGCCGACGGGUGGGAGGUGGUUUUGGCGAAACGCGGCGUCGCCCAUCGCGUGGGGGUUUUACUCCGCGCGGGCGAUUCCGCCGCGGGGCUGGCGGGGCUCCCGCGGGUCAUCGCCGCCCUGCAAAAGGGGGAUCUUUUCUUUUCCCAUUUAUUCUCGCGGGCCUGUCGGGUGCUGCUGGAUCAGGUGGAAAAGGCGCCCUGGGAUCCCCUUCUGCCCGCCUUCGCCGCCGCCGCGGAUGAGUUCACGCGGCGUCCACACGCGGAGGCCUACGCCUCGGUCUUCCCCGACGUCUGGGAGCUCCUCCGCGCGCGGGUUUUGAACGACGCCGGGGAAUCACUUCGUCUGGAAGACGUCCUCACGGCGUUGAAUGGGUUUGCGGGGUUGGACGUGGAGGACCGGCCGCUCUUUCGCAGUCUCGUCCAUCGCCUCUGGGCGGCCUACACGGAAAGGGCCGAGACGCCAACCCGCGAGCCUGAAAACGAGAACGCGACGAAGAGUGUAAGUGAAAGCAGGAGUGUGAACGAGAACAGGGACAACAGUGCGAACAGGAACGAGUAUGACACGGAGAACAGGAACGAGUAUGACACGGAGAACAGGAACGAGUGUGACACGGAGAACAGGAACGAGUGUGACACGGAGAACAGAAAUGGGAACGAGGUAGUGGUGCAGCCUACGGCGGCGAACCUUCCGGCACACCUUGGGGAUUGGAUGCUGCGGGGGCUCAGCCCAAGCGCGCUGGCCGUUCUCGCGGCCACGCUUCUCGGCAAAGGGGCCGGUGACGACGUGGACGGGCUCCUUCCCUGGACCCUUCUUUACCUCCGCCGAGCCGCCGACGGGCUCUACCCCGUCGAUCUCCUUCUCGUCCUGCCGGCGCUUCUGCGGGGGGGAACGGCCACCCCCGGCCGACUUCUCCACGCUGCCUACGACGCCUGCCGAUCGCACUUUUUUCUCAUCUUUCACGACGCGGACGGGGGAGUCGAAAAGGUGGACUCGGAUGAAACCCCAAACCCGGAAGAACUCGCGCGCUGGGAGGCGCUUCGUAACGACAUGGCGCCGAGGGCCAAGGCCUCGAUCCGGAUGCUCCCAAGCCGUCGAUUUGCGCCGAUUUUGACGGAACUGACCAACAGUGGGAUCCGUGAUCCCGUCGUUGCUGCGAUCUGCGCAAAGAGGAUCUGUACCCUUCGUGUAUGCCGGGAAAUUUUGCCCAUCCACGAGCUCGUGCAGGUGUGCAUGGCAUUGUGUUUUCAAUUCCCACCACCGACCCCCACCGCUGACAGCCUCAGUCCGGGUGAAUUUAAGCAAGCGGUGGUCCCUGAAUCGGAUCACAAGUCCGACGCCCCGCCUGCUCAUAAUGCUGCGAAUACCGAGAAUUCAUCUUCGCCGACGGUGCGCUUUAUGACGGUCGUUCUCAAUGCACUGUGGAACCGCACCGACGAGUUGGAGGCCCGGGAUAUACACGCCUUGAUUGGUUGUCUACAGCAUUACUACGGCGAAAAGGUCGAUGAGGACUUUUUGAAGAGAUUAAAAGAACAACAAAACUUAUUACGGAGUCGCCAAAGUAAAAAAAAAGAGGUGCAUAAUGGGUGA